UUCUAUUUGCCAUCACCAGACAGGAAAAAACACAAAAUUUGUUUUUGUUUUUAAUUCUAUUUCGUAUAAUUUUUGUUAUUUGUGUAACUGUGCAAGAACAAGGAACUGAAACGUUUUGAAUAUGAAUGCCUUCGGAUUCAUCGAUUAUAAAAAGCCAAGUGAUGAGUGCAAAGACGAUAUGCGCACCUCAACCUAUAGGAGUCACGUUUACAUGACUGACACAAUGAUGGGCAAAGAUAUGCAUGCGAAAUUCAAGGAAUCGAAAGCCUAUAGAGUUGAUCCAACUCUAGAGAAACUGCGCACCAGCGAUUACAAGGCCAACUACACAUGGAAAUACGAUGACCCGAAUAAAAAAAUAAAUCCUUCACUUGGCCCAAAAGUGCAAUUGAUGAAAAACUUUGAAGAUCGCCGUUUACGUUUCAUAAGUCGUCCAAUGCGUCCAGCCAGUAGCGUGAUGCAACAGGACUUCCUUUGGAAACCUCAAUCAGCUGUGGAUCCACCAACCCCCAUACCCCUACCUGCUGCCGUCGCCGUUUCACGUACAGUCAUCAAUCGUGCCAAACCGGGUUGUGCGAAAUUGCUCGACCCAGCAGCGACAACUUCACGUCUGGCCUUUGUCCAUUACACACCCGAUGAUUUGAAGAAUAGUGUGGCACGAAAUGACAACAUAACAUUCUGGAAUUGGAGUGACAAAAGAGCUCCCACCAAGCGGGUCUUUCUCGAUCGCGACGAUACUAUGUGCAAUGAGAAGCCGGCCACUGAAUGCCCGAAGCGGCAUUGUGAAUUUCCGAGCUUAGUAAAGCGCGUGCCUAACUCCGGUAUGACAACCGAAGUGCGUGCCAACUUUAUAGAGCCCAUUAAACGUGCCAUAGACUUCAACACGGCGCACAUACACAAUCGUUUGACGCACGAUCCUGUAACUCCAUCACCCAAAGACACUGAAUAUAAGUUAUAUGGUUCCGGUGAGCGAACGCAGAAGUACGUCUGAGGGUGCAAGACAUUAAAAAAGGAAAUCUAAAUUAGUGCUAACCUCAUAAGUUUUUUUGAAUAAAUUACCAUGUUUUGGAAAUUUGUA